AUAAAAUAAAAUAAAAAAGUGGAGAGAAUAUUGGAUCGGAUUUACAUGGAAGUGAAUUUAUAAAAAAAAUGAAUAUUAAAAUAAUUAAGUUUUGUUUUAAAAACAAAACAGUCAUUUCAAAACAUUAAAUGUCAUACCUGUGUUUCGAUAGCGUGUAAAGCCUUAAAUUUAAUAUUUAAUUAUUCAUAUUUUAUUUAAAUAUCAAACAGAUGUUGAUUUUAAAAGAAAAUAGUGUAAAUUAGAAAUUUAAUGACAAAAAGCCGAUACGUGUUUUGUGUUAAACAAUAUUCUUGAAAACACAAACUAUGUAUUUAAUAGUUACGGAUAUCAUUUAACAGAGUACAAAUGUUACUGGAAGAGAAUCUCUUCCGAUUAAACCAUUUUCUAAGCAGUUAGCAAGUUCGGGCUUAAUGCCUUGCAAGUCACUGACCCUGACACAUUGGAUGUAAAUGACCAAUUGCUGUCUAGACUUCUUGUAUGGAAAUAACUGACUGACCUAAUUAGCAUUUUAUUUUGAUGAAAUUGCUUAUGCUGGCUUACAUUGUUUUGAAAUUGUUUCGUCAGAAAUAAUAUGCUGUAGACAUAUUUAAUGUUGUUAAAUUGGAGACAAUUUUGAUAUUUGUUACUUUAAAGUGGUGGUCCUGAGUAUUUCGUAGGCAAUUAUUGUAUACAUAUUGAAAAAUGUUUACCUCAAUUCCAAAAAAAUUAAGGGAAGGAUUAGAAACAAAUGUUACAAUUGAAGACUUGAACGAUAUUCUCGUUCAUUUACAUUAUCCAGCGAUCAUUUUCAUUGCUGUUUUAAUGGUCGUUGGUGUCGUUGGCAAUGUCUUCCUCAUUUAUGUUUACACAACGAAGUACCCACAAUCAUCUUACAGAAGUUUCAUUUUGUGGUUAGGAUGGAUAGACCUUAUAGCUUGCAUAGUCGGAAUUCCAUUGUUAAUAGUCAGUAUGCUUUAUCCGUACGUGCUUCCGUCUGAAAUAGCAUGUAAGACAUUACCUUUUCUGCACGUUUUUCUCGUGGUCAGUUCUGCUUUCAUUGUGAUUGCUAUAGCAAUAGAACGACAUCGGAGGAUUUGUCAAACAUUUCCGUCGGAAAUAAUUCCUAUUAGAAUAAAAAAGAUGUGUAGUAUAGCAUCUGCGUUAGGCUGUUUAGUCGCCAUUCCGGCGAUAUUUAUAUACGGUAGUGCUAGAGUUGACACUGGUGUUCAUAACAUUACAGGAAUAGAGUGCUUUAUAGAUCCGGAUUAUGAACAUUCCAUUCUGCCUAAAAUAUAUCUGAUAUUUCUAUUAACACUGACCAUAAUAUCUGCUGUGGUUAUUGGUAUAUUGUAUUUCCGGAUUGGGGUUCGAAUCUAUCAUCAUCACCAGUUUAUUAGAGAAAAUACAUACAACGGGCAAUUUAUCUUUGACGACAAAUGUGACAAACCUGCACAGAUAAGUAACAAGGCAAGUGAGAUUGAUAAAGAUACAGCAUCAACAAACGAAAGUCAAUUGAAGAAAUCUCCUUCAGUAAAGAGAACAAAAUCUACAAACAAUUCAGUUAUACAAGAUAUAGAUUUACUAAAUAACCCGUUCGGAGAUGACAUGUAUCGCUUAUAUUCCAAUUUCCUACACGAAAGCUCAAAAAUGACAAUGUUUACAAGAGGAACUAGAGAGACUGACCGACUAAUGCAAUCAGGAAAGACAACGAUUAUAAAGACUAAUCAACAGAAGUCGACGAUUAAAAUGAUAGAAGAACAGUCUGACAGACAUGUUUCGACGAUGGAAAUGACAAAUAUGCAAACGACGACUAAACACACAAAUUCUUACGCUGACAGACACGUAACGCUGACUAAACUGACAAAUGAACAUGCUGACAGAGAAGUGUCGAUGACUAAACUGGCAAAUGAACAUGCUGAAAGACAAGUGUCGAUGACUGAACUGUCAAAUGAACAUGCUGACAGACAAGUGUCGAAGACUAAACUGACAAAUGAACAUGCUGACAGAGAAGUGUCGAUGACUAAGCUGGCAAAUGAACAUGCUGACAGACAAGUGUCGAUGACUAAACUGACAAAUGAAUAUGCUGACAGACAAGUGUCGAUGUCUAAUUUGGCAAAUAUGCUUACUGACAGACAAGUGUCGAUGACUAAUCUUGCAAAUAUACAAGCUGAGAGACAAGUGUCGAUGUCUAAUCUUGCAAAUAUACAUGCUGACAGACGAGUGUCGAUGUCUAAUCUUGCAAAUAUGCAUGCUGACAGACAAGUGUCGAUGACUAAACUAACAAAUGAACAUGCUGACACACAAGUUUCGAUGAAUAAACUGGCAAAUAUGCAUGCUGACAGACAAGUGUCGUUUACUAAAAUGACAACUAUGGAAGCUGACAGACACAGGUCGAUGACUAAACUGGCAAAUGUGCAUGUCGACAGACAAAUGUCGGUGCCUAAACUAAAUAAACAGACUGAUAGACAAGUGCCGAUGCUAAAAUUUGCAAAUAAUUUGACUGACAGACAAGAGACGCCAUCUCUACUGAUAAAUAAACAUCCUUAUGGACGAGAGGCUAUGUCUAAACUGAUAUCAAGAUAUACUGAAAGACGAGAUUCGAUGUCUCCACUGGUAAAUUCACAUCGUGACAGACGAGAGUCGUCGACAACAAUGAUAACAAAUAUUGAGUUGGACCAAAUAGAACCAAUGACAAAAACAAUAAAAGGACAGGCUGAGCCACAAGAAGUGAUAACUGAGACAAAUUUAGAAGCAGAACUACAAGAGGCGACGGAUAAAGAAGUUGUCAGAGAAAUUGACCAAACUGGGACCGGAGCGAAAGUGAACGAAAGGCAGAUAGAACGAAAGGUAUCAAGGCUGAAAGAAAGAAAGGUGUCAAAGCUCAAAGUAAUCAAUAAACUGGGGAAUGUGAGAAAGAAUCCAGUCAAAGGAAGGCCAAGCUUGCGGACGAAGCAAAUCAUGUUCAUGUUGUUUAUGAUUCCUGUUUUGUUUGUAUUAUCCUUCAUACCACAUUUAGCCUUGUUAUUGCUUAAGGCAUUCAAUCCUUCUUUCUUUAAUGAUAUGAGUCCAAUUGAAGUUUCAGUCUACAAUGUUUUCCUAAGAUCAUUUGUGAUAAAUAACGUGGCAAACCCGAUAAUUUACGGAUUUUGUGACAAAAAAUUCAGAUCGGAAUGUGUCGACUGUGUUUUUAGAUGUUAAAGGUGUGGCAGAUGGUCAUUUCAUUAUGGAAAAUAUUCCAUAAAUUGAAAGAGAAACAAAAUGGAAACUUAGAAGCGCAAAUUCGCAAAACUAAAAAUUUUGCAGCCUCAAUUUGUUCGAGUCUGUUCAUGAACAGUAAUUGCAAAUGUAAUUUACCAUCCACGCCCCCUAGUACUACAUGAAACAAAAGUCAACAUUUUGAUAUCAAGGUGUUUAGUUAAUGUUAAUAAGGACAAAUGACCGAUAUGUCAUAUGUGUUUUAAAUUUAUAUGAUAUAUAUUUGUUCAUAUAUUUUAUUAUGAACUCUCAAGCAUAAUAAUUAGAUCUAUUACAAACAUUUUUAAUGACUUAUGAAUGAUUUGUUGUGUUUUUUUUUUUAUCUUUGUCUUUUUGUUUCUUGAUAUUAUAUAAAACAUGUAUAUGUUGGAAAAAAAUAAAUGUGUGCGUAAAAUUAUGUUAUUUGCAGAAGCUGUUAAAACUGAAAAUUAUAUAUUCAAAAUUACUCGCAAAACACAUUAUUGUUUCCAUGUUCUUGAUCCUUAAGAUUAAUAUUUUAUCUCUAAUGGGAUAAAUGUUUACGGAUUGUACAUUUUACAACAUUGUCAUCUUUAAUGUAUAGUAUUGAGCCGGUAUACGUAUUUUAUGUUUUUCGAAUAACAAGCUUUUAUACUAUAAUUUAUUAUAAGCAUAUGUUGAUCUGUUUACUAUGUAUAUUGAAGAUAUUUGCUAUACUCAAGAACUUAAGUAUAUGGAUUAAUUGAAACAUUAUACAGGAACUGUACGAUGAUUUUCAAAAUAGAAUAAGUCUAUUUCCAGAGCCGAAAGCCAACGGCCAAGGUGAAUAUCAUAACAUAAGCCAAAUCCAUAGACUUUUGGUAUUCGCCGACAUUUCAUACAAUAACUGUUUUCUUGUAUGAUGUAACUAAAAAUCUUCUUUUUGGUAAGUUUUCCCUUUUUCUUUCCACGCAUAUAAGCGGAUGGAAUAACAGUUGAUGUGAAUUAUGAUAUAUAUAACUUGUAUUAUUGUUAUUAUUACGCUUUAUAUAUAAAAUUGUGCUUUAAGAGUAAUCAAAGCGUAUUGUUAUAUUAAACAAGUUCAUUUUUUUCAUUUCAUGUGUGUUCAUGUUAAAUAUACUGAAUGUACAAUGUUGUAUCUUUAUAAUUCUAUGUUUAAUAACAACCAAAUAUUUCAUGACAAUAAUUAUUUGUAAAUAAUAAUUUCAGGUCAGGUAAUGUGUGUGCAAUGAAAAAACUAAAUAUGAGGAAAUGUGAAGAAAAUUGACAUAAGAUUGGUGACUUUUUGGGGGUGGGGGAGGGGAAGGACAAAGAAAUAAAACGAUAUUACUAAAACUACUGUUUUAAUAGAACACUCAAUAAGAAACGGUUAAUUUUUGAAAGAUACCUCUUGUUACACAUUAUGUAGCAAAAUAAAUCGCAUUUUCAUAUAUUUUCUUUCUUAAAUUGUGUUGCUAUGUUAAAUAGAAUCUGAAUAGAUAUGAAAUAAUACUUUUAUAUCAAGUUAUAAUACUUGCCAUUUUUUCAUGAUAUAUUUUUUUUUAAUUUGACAAAUUGUAAUUUUAACAGGAGGUUUCCAUUUACUUAAAAUUAAAAUCUUAUUUCAUAAAAUUGAGUGUUUUUAAGUAAUGAAUCUAUCA